AUGACCCAGGUGAAUUGCAGUAUCAGUGAUGUGGUGCGACCUUUCGACACGCUUUGCGGCGCAGCCAAAGGGGAAAUGGACUCAAUGUACUAUCAUAUUGUACCUCCGGAAGUUUCUCCAACUGUACAGAAUACGCUGAACUUUGACAACUACACAGACUCAGAUGAUCUUCCACCUAAAAACGACUCGUUACUAUUUGACACAUUUGUUAGUCUACUGAUAGAAGUGUCUACAGAACAAUUAAAAAAUGUGAAAUCCAACGUUAUGAAUACCUAUGAUCUACAUCGCUCGGAUGUCGCUGAUGUUAAAAUGGCGUUCAAAGACAUCGAAGACAAAUACACAGAUAUCAUUACCACUAAACUGAAAACUAUGUUAGAUGGAAAACCAAUAAACAUUACGGACCAUUUUAUGAUCGAUUUUAUGGAUGUUUCGAAUUACAUAUUGGAAAAGGUAUUAAGAUAUCACAUAAAAAAUGUUAAAGGGAAAAUUGAGAGUCCAACGAAAUGGUACAGGGAAACUUUGAAGGAAAAGAUUCUUCGGCAACAAACGAAGAUUGCGUUUAAUUACGUAGAAAAUAGUGUGUGCGAGACGCUGCAGGUGUGUCGAGACAGAUACUACUACAGCGACUACUUGACAGAUUGGUUGCGAACUUUGAUGAAUGUCACACCGCGUGAUCUGAAGAGAUUUUUCAUUCCAAUCACAGAUGUGUUGGAAAGACACAAGUACUUUAUCAAAUCUAACAUAAAGUUCCGACAAACUAUAAAAUACAUAAUUAAUGCCGACGCAAUUGUAAAGAGAGAUACUUUGGAUUUCUUGGACGAAAUUUUGACGAAUCCUGACAAAGUGUUGAAGUCGGUUCCGCAUGGUUUGAAGCCGAGCGUGACGCUUCUGCGAGAAUUGUUCAGCAUUAUUGACGUAUACAUUAAAUUCCAAAGUCGAUUGUUUACCGAGCUGCGAACACGGACCUUGAAGAAAAUUCUUUAUUGCAAAAAGAACCUCAAUCGACCACUAGCGACCACAUUCAGGCUAUUAAAACCAUUCUCCAAUACUUCUAUCGUCCAGCAAACUCCAAAACACUUGCCUUCCUGA